AUGAUGAGCUGGUGGUCAAACUCGGCCAACACGGCCCUGGACGAGCAGAUCGAAAAGGCCACGAGCAGUAGCCUGGAAGAUAUCGCGCUCAACCUCGAGAUCUCCGAUGUCAUCAGGUCCAAGACGGUGGCGCCCAAAGAGGCCAUGCGGUCGCUCAAACGGCGCAUCGGCAACAAGAACCCAAACACCCAGCUGAGCGCCCUCAACCUUACGGAUGCGUGCGUCAAGAAUGGCGGGUCGCAUUUCCUCACAGAAAUCGCCUCUCGCGAGUUCAUGGACAACCUGACCUCUCUUCUCCAAGCCGUCGGUCCCGUCGCCGUCAACGCCGAAGUGAAAAACAAGAUGCUCGAGCUUAUUCAGUCAUGGGCCGGAGCCACAGAAGGACGAUACGAGCUUUCCUAUAUUGGCGAAGUGUAUAAGCGUUUGCAGCGGGAGGGGUAUCAGUUCCCGCCGCGGGUGACGGUGGCGAGCAGUAUGAUUGACAGCAGCGCGCCACCUGAAUGGAUUGAUUCAGAUGUUUGCAUGCGAUGUCGAACGGCGUUUACGUUUACCAACCGGAAACACCACUGUCGAAACUGCGGCAACUGCUUCGACCAGCAGUGUUCUAGCAAAUCGCUCCCGCUGCCUCAUCUUGGGAUACCCACUCCCGUGCGAGUCGAUGAUGGGUGUUACGCUAAGCUCACCAAUAAGGGUUUCAAAGAGCCAAUUCCAUCUCUCGACCGCACACCGACGUAUCCUCACAAAACCCGUAGCACAUCUGCCAUGCAGCCCCGAAACGCGCGCGUUGACGACGGGUUCGAUGAAGAUCUUAAAAAGGCAUUGGCGAUGAGUUUAGAAGAAGUCAACAAUGCUUCCCGAGGUAGGGCUCCGCCCGUGUCAACCAAUGGACCUCGGACGAGUGGAGGAGACGCAGCGGCCACCAAGCAGGCUGAAGAGGAGGACGACGACCUAAAAGCUGCGAUUGCUGCGUCCUUGGCAGAUAUGGAAGAGCAGAAGAAGAAACAUGCUGCUGCGCUAAAGGAACAGACUUCAGGGCCCGCCGCUUCCUCUUCCGCUACCUUCACGCUGCCAAAGAACGACUACGAAUUGACGGCAGUGGAGGCAGAGAAUAUCAAUCUCUUUGCUACCUUGGUUGACCGGCUCCAGACUCAACCUCCAGGCACUAUCCUACGAGAACCACAGAUUCAGGAGUUGUAUGAUAGCAUUGGUUCACUGCGUCCCAAGCUUGCGCGAACAUAUGGCGAGACGAUGAGCAAGCAUGAUACACUCCUCGACCUUCAUGCCAAGCUGUCCACGGUUGUCAGAUAUUAUGACCGGAUGCUGGAAGACCGGUUAUCAAAAGCAUACAGCCAACAGAAUCUUGGCGGCUAUAACUUGCCACCCCCUCGUCAAGCCUCCGGACCCUACCCUUCAAUACCUUCCCACGCUCCAAGCAACUCCGUAGGUGCUGAAAGCUUCUACACAGGCCAGCAACAGCCGGGUUAUGCACCACCAGUUCAGCAGCAACUCUAUCAAAUGCCUACUCAGCAUGCUAUGCCGCAGUCUCCUUAUCCGCCUUAUGCUGGCGUGCCAGCACCUGAUGCCCCUUCUGGACCCUAUGCGCCUCAGCAGCAGCCACAAACAGCUGAUGGCUGGAACAACCGGGCCCCAUCAGCUCCUGAGCAGUUCCAACAGCAACAGCAGCCGCAGGAGAACCUCGAAGAUCGAAGACAGUACUCCCAACAAGCACCUACUUCACCUUCAACAGACCCCAACGCUUCAUACUACUUCAACACUCCUCAACCUUUACAAGCCGUUCCUACAGGGCCGUCUGCCCCCGGCUCCGCUCCAGACGCAAGCCAAUCGCCGUAUCCUAACCUGAACCAGUCACCUAUGCCAUACCAUAGAGGCUCAGUGUCAGGACAAACGCAAGGAACUCCGCUACAGACUCCAGCUCAACUCACACAACCCCCCAACGCAACGCCUCACAUGCCUGUUCAUUCUCAGGCCCCAUCUGCCCCGACCCAGCAGCCCUUCCAGCAGGAACUGCCGCAAGGACAACCCUAUCAGAUGCCUAUGCCACAGCAGCAGCAGCAGCAGCCACCUGCCCCUCCACCUGAAUGGGCUGGUUAUUCUCAGUACUCAAUGCCCGCGGCACCACAACAUGAGCCCGUACAGCAGCAACAACCGGUUAAGGAGGAGGCACUUAUUGAGUUUUGAUUUCGUUAUCUAAUUUGAACCGGGAGGGAAAUAAUGGCGGCAAUUUGUCAUGAGAUGCGGGUUAAAAGUGACAAAAACGGGGAGUUUUACACAGUGACGCGGCGUUUUACGAGGACUGGACAGCAGGUUGAUGUAACAUGGAUGUUCCGUAGCCUGUCAGAAUGACCUUUUUUAUCCUUUACUACGAAAAUCUAAACAUGGGGUUGUCUCUUUC